CUCAAUGAAUGAGCACAUGUAGGUUAGGCACUCUGCCAUUCAUGUUGUUGGACUAUUGCUGUCGUUGUUGUGGUUUCACGCUCAUAAAACGCCAUGGCGCCGUGUCGCUCAAGACAACACCUAGUGACACCUGGGUGGUUCUGCAGAAUUUGUUGAUGUGCAUGGUCUGCUUCUACUCCCUCUACUACACGGUGGUCAGCCUCUGCAUCGGCCUGCUCAGGGUUCACGAAAUCAACAGCUUGUUAGCGCCCUUUGACUACACCACACAACCGUCAUGGCAGAACCCCAAAUACCUGGUGGGUGUCAUCUCCACAGAAGUUACGUACGUGUUGGGAGGGCUGGUGUUUGCCUGGAUCGUGGAGGAGUGGGUGUGGGACUAUGCCAUCACUGUCACACUGCUGCACGUGGCCAUGACUGUAGCUGUGAUGUCAGAUGUACCGUCAACGGAGCACUGGUGGAUUGCACUGGGCUCAGGCUUGGUGAUGAUGAUAUUCGGAGGACAGCUCCUGGCCUACAAACUCUUUAGGAGCAACUUCGUCUAUCCGGCUGAGCUACAGAACUUCUGAUGAUGACGGAGAUGCCUUUCAUUUAACCGUCUAAUAGCAUCCCCUCCUGUACAAAGUUUUUUAUUAACAUUAUUCUGUUUAUUAUUUUUGUAUCGAUUAACUAAAUUUUUUGAAUAAUAGUUUACGCCUACAACAUGCCAUAUAUCUUAUAUUAGGAUUUAUCAUCAAUGUGUACGUCUUGUGGUCAGAAAAUGACUAUGUGUGUUCUGUAUGAGUUUAGCAUGGAUUAAAUAUC